GUAGGAGGACUCUCAUUCUGACAGCACCCAUUUACAUCGGAGGAUCCAUUGAUGUAAUGCUAUAUUUCUCUAAAUACGUUCUGAUAGAGAAACAAACUGUUGGAUGGCCUGAGGUGGAGAAGGAUGUAUAAGAACACCUCGCGUUACUGGCUCCCCCCCUCAUCUUACAACACAUGAGACCUGAGAAAAGGAGAGACAGGAGGGAGGGAGGGAGAGAAGAGAGUGCGUGACUGAAUGUAAGAGAUAUGUUUAUACUAAGCCCGGCUCAAAUUCAACGCCAUCAGUGCACUGGUGCUCGCAUAAUGUGGGAAACUGAAGCUCCGACACGCUGAGACUCAGGAACGAUGGGACAUUUCUUGGAAUAAAUUGCAUGCCUCUGUCAGACGGAUGCGUGGAGAAAAGAAGCUCUGAAUUCUGUGAACAUGAACUUGGGUGAAAGCUGCAAAACUACAGCUUGACAAGUUCACAUGGGGUGGUGAAAUAUCUCAACGCUCUUCAUAAACACAGCAACUCUUGUGUCAACUAACCAUCACAAAGCACAACUGCAGCUUUGAAGAACUGAAUGUGGAUCCUUACAAAACACAUGGAUUAUUGCUGCUGAUUCGAGAGAAGAGAGCAUGGAGCCCUUCUCAAGGGAGCCAGGUUGGGAAGGAUCCCUCCAUGCAACCGUUGCAUGGCCCAACUUAUCCUCCUCCUCAUUCUCUGAGCGUCCUGGACUCAACAACACUUUCAAAGGAGGAUCAUACUUCUGGUUGGUGUCUCAAAACAGCUCAAUAAACCCCACUCAGGCGCCCGUUCCGGUCAGGGUGCGGGACAUGACUCUGGCCAAAGCUGAGAUUGGAGUUCUGGGUCUGAUUCUUGCUCUCACAACACUAGGGAACAGUUUUGUACUGUGGGUUCUGCUGAGGAGGCGCAAAUACAACGCACCCAUGCACAUAUUUAUGGUCAAUUUGUGUGUUGCAGACCUUGUGGUGGCAUUUUUUCAGGUGCUCCCACAGCUAGUAUGGGAUAUCACAGAGAGAUUUCAGGGUCCUGAUGUGCUGUGCCGCUCAGUCAAAUAUCUGCAGAUCGUGGGAAUGUUUGCAUCCUCUUACAUGAUUGUUGCUAUGACAGUGGACCGCCAUAAUGCCAUCUGCUUCCCCCUGCAGACUUACAAAGGAGGGGCAGUUUCACACUGGAAUACACACAUCAUGGUAGCCUGGGGUCUAGCCCUUGUUCUCAGUGUGCCACAGAUGUUUAUUUUCUCCAGGUCAGAGGUUUCUCCAGGGGUGUUUGAGUGCUGGGCGAAUUUUGCUGAGCCUUGGGGGUUGAAAGCAUAUGUGACCUGGAUGACUGUAGCUGUAUUUCUGCUUCCUACCUUUAUUAUCACCGUUUGUCAGGUACGAAUAUUUAAAGAAAUCCAUGACAACAUUUACCUGAAAUCAGAACGUGUGGUUUCUGCUGACGUGAGGAAGAACCUAGUUAUUUUUCACUUUCCCGUCUUCAAAAAACGGGCCAGCACAGUCAGAGAGAGAGCUAGACGCUCACACAAGAUGAGAGAAGUAAGAGAACUUCAUAAAAAGAACACCAACAGUGAUUCUCACACCUGCAACUCUGAGGAUGCACCAGAGCUGGAUUGUUGUGACCCAUCUUGUCAGGAUGGCUACAGUCCCAAUGACGUGGCCUCACAGACUCACAGUUCAUCCCCUGAUAUGCUGCCUCACAUUCAGACUCAUCCUCACACCAUCUGGAGCAACUCUGCUGCCGUCCAGACACCACAUGGGAACUCUGUUCCUCACAGGAACUCUCACAACACCACUACUGAGGACUUCAAUGCUUCCUCAAACCCCUCUUACCCACCUUACCCCCUCCAUCCACCUCUUACAGGUGUGUCGAAAGCUAUGUCUAAGACAGUGAGGAUGACUCUGGUCAUUGUGCUUGUCUACACCUUGUGCUGGUCACCCUUCUUCAUUGUACAGCUGUGGGGUGCCUGGGACCCCAAUCCCCCGGAACAAGGAGUGGCUUUCACUAUCCUGAUGUUGUUAGCCAGUCUGAACUCCUGUACGAAUCCAUGGAUCUACACAGCCUUUUCCAGCAGCGUGUCCCGUGAACUUCUCGCUCUGCUGCGCUGUCGGCCAAAGCUGCCUCGCAGGAGCUCAACGCAUGACCACUCCAGUGACAUAAACACUUCAACUACCAAGGACAACCAGUACUGACCCCUACAGAAGAAACGAAAAUUGAAUGUCAGCAGAGACGGCGAUUUAUGCGCGUGUACGGUCUAUCUGUCCUACGCAUGUGGAAGACAUGUUGUCAUGAGAUAUUGCCGCAUCUUUAUUCAGAGUAUCUGACGAUGCCACUUUAACCGAGUGAACUGCAAAGAGUGGCUUAUUAAUGACCAAACAGGACCAGUGUAUGACACAAAGAUGAAUUCAUGAGGAUUUUAUGCAAAAAUGGACCUCUGAAUAUCUUUGCUGUCUCAUCAACCAGGAUAAAGAACAGCUUACUGACUGCCAUAAUAAGCUUAAUUAAACUCUAAGAAAAAAAUGUAUAAUUUAUUAAACACUAAAAUUUAUCAAAGUAUUGUCCACUAUCAGGUAUGAGAUGGAGAUAAACGUCUUAAGUCCAGAGGAAGAAGAGAUCAAGGCCUUAACCCCAGAGCCAGCUAUUUCAUCCCAUUUAUCAGUCUUUCUGCCAUAAGUCUUCUUCGGAUUUAGAGCUUUCUUUGCAAGGACUGAGGAAGAACAUAAAUUAUGUGAUUCAUGCGUGGAAACUAUAUCCAGGGGACAGUUCAAAUCCAUGCCAAACUGAAAAAUCCAGGACUAAACAGUGAUAUAUAUUCCUUAUUGGACAAAUAUCUGACAAAUGGCUUUCAUACGCAUUCAAUGCAAAAGGUACUGUUAUAAAACUGAACAUAUGUUGACAAAUUUGUAUAUUUAAUGAGGCAUACUGAAUAAGAAAAUAAUAAUGGUUUUAUUCAGUCAAACACCAGCUGUGUGCAAAGCAGCAAUACUUUUAGUUUCUCGCUAACAGUCAAGUUAUUUAUUGAGCGCUUGAUAGCUUAUUUAAAGUUGUGUGAGAAUAAAAAAGUCAGACUGAAAAUAAGAAAAUACUAAUGGAAGAGAAAUUAAAAUGACAUCAUGUUAUACAGUGCCUUGAAUUAAACUGAUGUACAGUAUAUGUAUAUACAGAUCCCGUCAUCUGAUACUCUGCAAAAAUUAUUUUCUUAAUCAGUAUUUUUGCUUAAAAUUAGAACAAAUCAUUUUCCAAUUGGCCAGAACAUAAACCACUAAAAAGGCAUAUCUUGUGCUUAUCAGUUAUUAUCUUCUUCUAUUUAAGUAUGGCUAAAUAUUUUUGUAUAUAAAACAAGACUGAUCAAGUACUGAUUGAGAAAAUAUUUUUGUAGCAGUAGCUGACACUGUACAUAUAAAGACUUAGAUUAAAUGAAAACACACAAGAUAUAGUGUAAAUAAUUUUAAAAUCUAUUGUUACAGAUGUUUAUCUAAAUAUAUUUAUUUUGCAUUUAAAGAGAAAAAUGUCUUCGUCAAAUCCUUGUGAUAUAGUCCAGAAACAAAAAAUAAACAUGCCCAAUCACAAAAAAAAAAAACCCUAACGUUGAAAAUUGAGUUACUUUAAGAGUAACUGAUCUUAAAUACACUUUUUUUGUCGAUCUGAAUGUGAGCUGAUCAUUUAAAUUUUAUUGAUAGUCAAAGAAGAUCAGUAAACAGAUUAGAACAACUGAUCCAAAUUAACCUCUUUGUCAAACAGCACUUUUUAACAUCACCUUUAGUGGUUAAUAUCAUUUAAAGUCCUUAUGGACAAUGGAAAGGUUUUACACAGUUACACAUCAAUACAUUUUCGUUGAUGUGUAGCUCACUGUUGGUAGUUUUUGCAUUAGUUGAAAUGGUAGAAGAAGAAGUCAUAUAGCAAAUACAUCUGGCGGUCACAAAUAACCCCAGGUUUACCACCACGACUACUGGUCAAAGACCACCUGCAUGAUCCAGCUAUUUUAAGAAUGCACUGCAGACAUAUAAGAUGAAAUUUUAAAACUUACAGCGUGAAUUAGGAUCGAAAGACAAAACACUUCACUGCAGGAAAGUAUCUCAUUCCAGCCAUAACAUAUGGUGAUGAGGUUAUCAUCUGUGAUAUGGACUGUGAACAAAUAGGCUAAAAUUCUUCACAAACUGAUCCAUACGAAAGAUUCCUCAGAGGACUUGGGUGUUGAAGGAAACGUUCAUCCCCCAAAAAACACACAAAAAAACAAUUGCUGGAAAUAUACUCACUCUCAGGCCAUCCAAGAUUUAGACAAGUUUGUUUCUUUACUGGAAUAGAUUUGGACAAAUGUAGCUUUACUUCACUUGCUCACCAAUGGAUCCUCUGCAGUGAAUGGGUGCCGUCAGAGAGUCGAAACAGCCCUGAUAGCACACAUACAUCUCAGAGACGUCUAUCUGACGUCUGCAUUUACAUCUGCAAGACAUAUUUAUUAGGGGAGAGCGGGGAUGAAAGUAACAAAGCUAUUUUCUUAGAGCCCAGACACUAUUUGCUUUCCAAGCUAUGACAACACAUUCAGCACUCAACCCUUGAUGGAGCUGAGAAAUAUCACGUGAUUUCGUCAUUGUUUCCCACCAGGUCCGGAAACCAGUUUUCGAAUACAAUAAGUAAAUUAUGGAAGCGGUAAUUUUUUUCAAAUUAGAUGUGUUGUGUUUCUCGUUUCAUGUGUCACAGUAAUGAUCAAUCUACAUGUGCUGUAAUACAUCCUGAAGUUUGGCUUUUCAGAGUUUUUCAGUAUAGAAGUAAUUAGCAGCUAAUUAUAGAAGUAAUUAGCAGCAUGCUAAUUUGCUGACUUUCUGUGUCUUGCAUCAUUUAUUAAAACGUUUAUUAUAAAUGUUUAUGUUGUAUUAUACCAAAAGAAUAUGCCAAGAGUGAGGGUCAGAAAGACAGACAGAGGUCUGAUUUAGCCACAUGUUCAUGAGAGGGUGUUUCUGGACAUAAGCCGUCAGGAAUAUCAGUCUCCAUGUCAUUCCAUGUCAGGAAUAUCAGUCUCAGGGCUGUUGCUACAUUUUAUUUACCUUAGUCAUAUUUAGGUUUUAGCCAUACCUUUUUUCCAAAGCUUUUAAACCUCCACCAAUGAAUUUGCAGUGUUUCCAGAUGUUUUUAUGCACAUUUUGAAUUUAUGCAUACAAACAACUGGAUAGAAACAUGA